CUCAACUUCACCAUUUGACAUUCAUCAAUCAAGUUAAAAGAAGAUACCAAAGAACAAUCAACAAAAUGGUUCGAAAUGCUGGAAAAUUUGGAAAACCUAAACGUGGAGGUGGAAAGAUGUUUUCAAGGGACCUUAAGCCUUUAGAAGAUAAUGAAGGACAAGAAGAAGGUUCAGGUUCAGGUUCAGAAGAAAGUGAAGGAUCUGAAUCUUCAGAAUCAGAAGUAGAAGAACCUACAAGAAUGAACAAUCCGAAUUACGGUUCGACUGCUGUUCCAAAUGAAUCAAGUAGUUCUAUGACCACUGCCGAAGCACGUGCAGCUCGUAAAGCAGCAAAGAAAGGUGGGAAAGGGGCCAAGAAAAAUGAAUCGGAUGAUGGAUCCGAAGAUGAAGGAUUAGAAGAAUUGGCUAAUUCUAAUAGGACUCAGAAAAAAGUGGUGAAAGUGACUGAAAUUGAAAAAGUGGCGUCUGGUCCUAUGAAUCGUAAAGAAAGAGAGGCAGCUGAAAAGAAAGCGGCACAAGAACGAUAUUGGAAAUUACAUCAGGCUGGAAAGACUGAUGAAGCAAAGGUCGAUUUAGCAAGACUCGCUAAAAUUCGUGAACAAAGAGAACAUGCAGCAGCAGUAAGGAAAGCAGAAGCUGAGGCCAAAGAUAAAGAAGCUGCUGAAAAAGCUGCAGCUCGUAAGAAACGAUGAAAUUUUUAAACUCUUGAUAGAAAAAAUCAUCAAAAGUUGUAACAAUAUAUAGGACUAGAAAGAUAGGAAGAUACAUGUUCACUUUGUAUUUGUGACCUUCAAGAAGAUUUUUUUUUGAAAGAACUUAUGGGGGGAAAGUUUCGAUUCUUAAACUCUUACUUACUGUUUUCUAAGUGUACUUUGUGAAUGGAUGCUGAAAUUCAAUACCUAAUUUCUUGGAGGCU